ACAAGUGGAAAGGGAUAUUCUCAAGGAAAUGUUCCCCUAUGAAGCAUCUACUCCAACAGGAAUCAGCGCUAGCUGCCGCAGACCAAUCAAAGGGGCUGCAGGCCGGCCGCUAGAGCUCAGUGAUUUCCAGAUGGAAGAGUUGUUGUUCUCAUCGAAAUAUGUCCCCAAGUAUGCCCCCUUGGCAGAUGUCAAGACGGAAAAGACGAAGAAGGGACGCUCCAUUCCCAUGUGGAUAAAAAUGUUGCUGUUUGUUGUUGUAGCAGUUUUUUUGUUUUUGGUCUAUCAAGCUAUGGAAACCAACCAAGGAAAUCCCUUCUCUAAUUUUCUUCAAGAUGCUAAAAUAUCCAACUGAAGAAGGCACUUCGGCACAUUCACCUUGAUCUCCUGUUUUUAAUAACUAGAAAAACAUUUGUGUACACUGUUGACUGAAGAACUACAUUGUGAUUUCACCUCAGUAAAGUUACUGUGCAUUGAAAACAAGACGCAUACAUGGACCUCAUUUCAAUAUUUUGGACUUUGGAGAGCACACUGUGCCAUAUGAAUAAUUUUUUUAGCUCUGGAACUUUUUUGUAGGCUUUAUUUUUUUAAUGUGGACAUCUUAUUUCACUUUUGGGGAAAAUGCAUUGUUUUGUGUAUUUGAAAAAAAAGGCAAAACAUGGUGAUGUAAUGUGAAGCUACACAUUAAAUACUUGGAAUUCUUACAGAAAAGAUUUAUGACUUAUUCUCUACUGAGUAAAAAUGUUACAAAUGUGAAUGAAGUUCAGUAAGAGAGGGUCAGGCAUUUGUGCUUCCUGUAAUGCUGUGGUAUGUUGUUCAUGGAAGGUACAGCAGUAAGCUCUUCUGGAACCUCUGCUAUGAUGGUAUUGCUGGUGAAGCCUAUCAUGCUACUUCCGGAAAUACUUCUCACAUCAUAUCAUGAAAGUCCUACUUCAUUAAAACCAUUUCAGUACACUUGGUUUUCCACAGGGAUCUCUUAGGGCAACACAGAUACCUGUUUCAGGCUACUGUUAGCUAGCUAUGAGACUGUCA